CUUGGCGCUCUUCUUUUCCACCCCUGCAUCCGACACCAGUAGGAUUCAACGCAACCCAAAGGGGAAGUUUUACCGACUGCGUUGGGGCCGAGGCGCGUUUGCGAGGCAGCUUACCAGACGACAGCUAUGGCCACCGGAGCGACUGUACUCCCCGAGAGGACCACCCUCGGAGGCUCGCUCGAGAUUCCUCGACUUAUCAAUGGCCUGUGGCAGCUCACUGGGGGCCACAACAAAAAUGUCGACAUUGCGAACGCCCCGGCGGCUAUGGACGCGUUUAUUAGGAAUGGACUUGAGGUAUUCGAUAUGGCUGACCACUACGGGGAUUCCGGUGAGAAUGCUCUGCUUGCUUCUUAGAGAUAGUACACCGGGAUGAAGACAAAGACUACCUUAGCAAUCAGCUCCGUCCUUUAUUGGCGGCACCCGCCUUCUUUUCUUUGUGUUGAAAAUCAUAGAUAUAAAUUAAGCAGCUGGAACAGUUGAGCGGUGAAAUUUC